GCAAUAUGGAUCGCGAAGAAUGGUCCGUUCCGUCCCAUCCAGAUACAGGUAAGGUUUCUCCGUUGCGGCAAGCAAAGCGGCGCAAGAUCGCAGUGGCAUGUGAGACGUGCAGGACCCGGAAAGUGCGGUGUGAUGGCCAAAGGCCCGCAUGCGGACCUUGUUUGGCACGAAGCGAAUAUUAUGGCAUAGAACAGGAUUGUGUUUACUCGUGCAAGUCCUCUGAAAGGAGCGCAUCCGCUAAAUUCAGAUUGAAUGCUGAGAGAGAGCAAAGGCGGACUGAUCCACAGUCGGUCAAAAGCCCUAGCACUGAUAAACAAUCCACGAUACAACAGAGCUCACGCCAGCAUCUAACACAGUCACAAUGUGUUGAAGCCCAGCAAUUUUCGAGCAAUCUUUUGGAAAAUGGGACGUUGAAUUCUUCAUCCUGCCACUUGGCGGAAACCUCAAUUGAUCGCGCGCCGCGUGUAUUAUCUUCUUCGCUGCCGUACAAUUCGACUGAACCCCAGCGGCCGACUAACAAUACAGAGGGAAUCAACGCGAUGGUAGGGGAGGUAACCCCAGAUGAAAGAUACCCAGCACAGGGGUUCUUUGGAAACUCGAGCGCAGGGGGCUUCAUGCGGCAGAUCAGGAUCGCAGUGGAGAAGGAAGUGCCACCAUCGGGAAUCAUCAAUCUGCAAUCCUCUCUAUUCAAUCGUCAGAGAGCAAAAGAGCCUUCCACCUCUGCAACCAUCGGCCAUCAUGUGCUGCCUCCAAGGCGCAUGGCAGACCACCUCAUGGAAAUAUACUGGGAGUUUGUCUUCCCCCUUUAUCCAUUUUUCGAUCGAGAACAACUAUCCGCCGAGUAUCUGAAGAUGUGGAAUGGAGAAGGAUCCCCUGGCGAUGAAGACAUGCUCAUGUGCACUUUCAAUGUUAUAUUCGCCUUAGGCUGUCAAUUAUCUGAGACAAUCGAGCCAGAGAACCGGGCAGCAACAGCUGACAGCUUUUUUUCUCGCGCCAAACAGCUUAUUCAGUUUGACAUGUGGCAGCCAGGGUCCACCGCACUGAUUCAGUGCCUACUUCUGAUGUCGCAAUAUCUUCAAAGCACAGAUCAUGCUGAUCAAUGCUGGAUUGUCACUGGCAUGGCAAUUCGUAGUGCUCAAAGCCUAGGACUCCACCUGCCGGAGACAAGUUCACGCUUAGCCGGCUGUCAAGGAAAAGAGCUCGCCAGGAGAAUCUGGCAUGGAUGUGUUCUUAUGGAUCGUGUGGUUGCGUUGACCUUGGGACGCCCUGCCAUGAUAUCGAAAGAUGCAGCUGGUGCUGUCGCUUUACCUACCAUGGUAGAUGAGGAGGUUCCGCAAGUUCUCACAGAGUCACGUCCUCAAGGAGAGAUAGAGAUGCCGUCUUUCAUAACAUUCUAUGCAAAGUGCUUGGAGCUGUACGAAAUCUUGAACGACAUACUUCUUAGCCUCUAUCUGAAUAGCAGCCCUCCAGAAAAGUCCGAUGACCACCAUAACUACUUCUUCCGAAGUUUCCAUGAAGGUCAAGUAACAGUGUUUCAGCUCGACUACGCACUCAGCGUGUGGUCCCAAAGCCUUCCGGCAAUUUUUCGCAGUCAAGCCACACCAUUACCUGCGAAUCAUGUCAUUAGUAGGCAGAAGGUCGUACUGAGACUGAGAUUGCUCCAUGUCAGAAUGGUUCUUCUACGUCCAAUACUAUCCAAAUAUUGUGAUCUGUCCAAUCGAUCCUCUUUGACAUCAUCGGAAGACUCGCUUCCCCAACGGUUUGCUCUGCAAUGCUCCAUAAUCUGUGUGAGGUCAGCUCAAGAUCUCAUCGAUAUGACCUAUACGAACUUGACAACGGAUAAUACCAUCGGCCUGCUUCCAGCUUGGUGGUACAAUAUUUUAUAUGUGUACACAGCUGGCACGGUCCUGAUUGCUGGUCGUCUUCAUCAGGCUAUUCUAUCGGAGAUGACCGAAGAAGCAGUUGCUCGCACCUGGCAGCGUGUUCUUGAGAUUUUAAGCAAGUAUCAAAGCUACAGUUCCUCUGCUCAACGGUGCAUUGUGGCACUCGAGCUGCUCUAUGAGAGAGUCAGCGCCUCCAUCAAUGCCGGGCAAACCUGCCCUCCUCUGACACCUGGCAAUCCCCCACAUGAGACUUUUCUAGCUGAAGGGCUAUCAGCAGCGGUCUUGGAUACAUUAGAUUUACCAGACAUCUUUGACAUGUCGUGGCUGGACAGUGUACCUAGUAGUCUGUACUGACAUAACCAAGAGAAGGCGAAAAGGAUAUUUGGUACCGCUCAGCCUAUAGUAGAUAGAAGCUAUGAGAUCCACUCG